AUGGUACCACACUGCCACCCUCUGCAGGAACCAAGUACCGCCCUUCUUCCAAACGAGAAGGAUCAAAGGAAUUUUUAUUUGCUUUCAGUGAGCAAUAAGCAGCCACAUCCUUUCCCCCGGACACGCUUGAAACUGAAAAGGGGUUCAAGCAAGAUUAAGCAAAGGAGGAGCGGCAGGGAAGGGACAGCGCUUAGAGCCUCCUGCGGGGGCUUGAGCGAGCAGCAGCAGGGGAGCAUCCAUCGGGAGUGCCGCCCCCGCCCGGCCGUGGGCGGGCUCGAACCCUUGGCGGGCGCAGAGCUGGGCCGGCUGCCAGGCUGCCAGCAGCGGCUCCUCCGCCCGCCGCGCUCCAGGUCGAUGCAAAUUCCUGAAGCUGAAGGAAAAAGUGAAAUUCUACCUCCAACAAUACAAAAAAUAAUAAAAGGGUACAACAAGUAUCUACGUCCAUUUUUUGAUAAACAAAAUCUACCAACCUCACAUGGAGUGCUAGAAAAUUUGGCAGAAUUCAGUACAGCUGCUCUUGGAGUGCCAGGGACAUGGAGAAUCAUAGUUUGUGCCCAGCAGCUGUUUCCAUAUACUUCUGUAAAAGUGAAUACACACAGGCUCCCUUUGUAUGAUAAUUUUGAUUUUCUCUUUCAGGACUACACAGCUACCAUAUUCCUCAGGCAGCGAUGGACUGAUGAGAGGCUUUGUUUUGAUGGUAAUAAGAGCUUGAGCUUAGAUGGUCGACUUGUGGAAAUGCUUUGGGUACCAGAUACCUUUAUAGUUGAUUCAAAAAAGUCUUUUCUUCAUGAUGUCACUGUUGAGAAUCGUCUUAUAAGGAUCUACCCUAAUGGAACAGUCUUGUAUGCUAUAAGGAUCACCACAACUGUUUCAUGCAGCAUGGAUCUGACUAAAUAUCCAAUGGAUAAGCAGACAUGUACUUUGCAACUGGAGAGCUGGGGUUAUAACAUCAAUGAUGUCAUGUUUUACUGGACCAGAGGAAAUGAUUCAGUUCGAGGUUUGGACACACUCCAGCUGGCACAGUACACAGUAGAAGACCACUUUACCUCUGUAACUGAAGCUGUGUAUGAGACAGGACGUUACCCCAAACUUGUGUUUCAUUUUGAACUCAAGAGAAACAUCUUAUACUUCAUAUUAGAGACAUAUGUACCAUCAGUCCUUCUGGUUGUGCUCUCCUGGGUGUCAUUUUGGAUAAGCCAGUCAUCGGUUCCAGCCAGAAUCUGCAUAGGUGUCACCACAGUCCUUACCAUGACAACACUGAUGAUGGGAGCCAGGACUUCACUCCCAAAUGCUAAUUGCUUUAUUAAGGCAAUUGAUGUGUACCUUGGUAUCUGCUUCAGCUUCAUCUUUGGAGCAUUGUUAGAGUAUGCUGUGACUCAUUUCUGCACUCUGCACCAACUCAGCUCAAAGGAGCUUCCAAAGAUUAUUGAUGAUGAUGAUGAAGAAGAAGAGAAGAAUGGAGUCCUGGCAGCAGUGACAAACAGUUGCAGUGCCCCUGACCAUACGAACAAGGCCGAUUCAAACGAAAGCAAACAAACCAGCAGUGACAGAAAAGGGGAGAGAAAUCAACACAGUGGGUGUAGUUCAGCAAUGUCAGUAAUGAAAAGACUUUUCUGUAUCUUUGACUGCUUCCAUGUUAAAAACCCUUACCACAUAGACAACUACGCCAGAUUCUCUUUCCCGUUGUCAUUCAUCAUAAUUAAUGUACUUUAUUGGGUGUAUUAUUUGUAUUUCUAAAUAUUUUAUUUUGCAAUAUUAGUUUAAAGUUUAGAAAGAGGACAUGGGAGGGUAAGUUGUGGAAGAAUGGAGAAAUUACAUUUGGAUAAAGGGAUGUAAAAGGACAUGCCACCUUCUCAAGUGUGUCUGAAAAUUUUGUUAAGUCACUUUUAUGCAUUUAAAUGUUUGUCAUCCAAAACUGGCUUUGUAUUAGUAUGCAUGUCCCAAACUACUUAUCAAAGGCCAGUAAGUCCUUUUUUUAAUAUUUAAUGCUCAACUUUGUAAAAUCAGAGUUUUAUUAUACUUGUUUCUGAACUCCAUUGAAUAAAUGUAAAAAUGAAAUGAAA